AUGGAUACUACAACAACAAAUUCAACAGCCAAACUGGGUAACUCGGAAGGUAGUCAGAAGCAAACGCAACAGCAAGACCAAUUGGAACACACCCCAACAAAACCUGAUACAAAAGACACACCACCAAUGAAAUCAACAGCUACAGAUAAUAGCAUUAUCUCGCCAUGCUCAUAUUCAACGCCCCAAAAACCAAAUGAACGGAACACAGCAGCAGGUGGAGGAGGAGGUGGUGGUGCUGGUGGACUUGGAAAGUCCUCUACCUCGAUGGCCAUGCAAAAAUAUAAUCCAAAUAUGCGUUUCAUACGGCAGCGUGUCGAAACUCCGGCACGCAACAUCUCCACCAACUAUUUGGAACUGGAAACUGAAUUUCCCAGAGACUAUGAUGACAAUAUUGAAAUGUUAUCCCGCGAAGCGGAACAUUUGGAGGAACAAUUUCGCACACCGACACGCACAAGUGGUACCGACCUAAGUAGUACACAGUUAUCGGCAAGUAUAACUUGUCCCCGUAAUACCAGUAAGACUGCUCAUCAGAUUGCCAAAUCAAAUCAUAAGGAAAUAUCGAUCACCGAAACAGAUCAUGCCAACAAUUCGUUUGUGUGUGAAAAGAAUGAGGUUAAACCUCCAGGUUUGGGUGCUGCCACUGGUGGUGGUGGUAAUAAAAGUGCCAAAAGAGUAGGUUUUAAGGUAGAGGAGAAGCUUGAAAAACAAGUGGCGGAAUGUAGUGUCAUUGCCAAGGGCACAUCCGAAUUGACAAGUAUUGAAAAUGAUAAAAUUCAGGCAACGGCAACAGAAGCUGUUGUAACAAAUGAUGCCGUUGAAACGGCAGUUGUGGCCGAAGAACAAGCCCUAUUGGCUUCGGAUAAUUUACAAACGGAUGAACAGAAACCUAACAAUGAAGUUCCUAAAAUAUCUACAUCUUUGGCGCCAGUGGUGGCUGCCUUGGCGCCCACUCUUUCGUCAGCCAUAAAAGAUGAUGAUGACGAACCGGUGGGUGUUUCACCAUGUGGUCGUUUCUUUAAAUAUGACAAGGAAGUCGGCAGAGGUAGUUUCAAAACUGUUUACCGGGGCUUGGACACCGAAACUGGUGUAGCUGUGGCCUGGUGUGAAUUACUCGAUAAACAAGUCAAGAAAAGUGAACGCAAAAGAUUCCGUGAGGAAGCCGAUAUGCUGAAGAAGUUACAACAUCCCAAUAUUGUGCGUUUCUAUACCUAUUGGGAAUUUGGUGUGGCCCGCAAGAAAAACAUUGUAUUGGUCACAGAGCUGAUGCUGUCCGGCACCCUGAAAUCCUAUUUGAAACGUUUCAAGAAAAUCAAUCCCAAAGUACUGAAAUCUUGGUGUCGACAAAUCCUCAAAGGUUUACACUUUUUACACACUAGACCCCUACCAAUUAUACAUCGUGAUUUGAAAUGUGACAAUAUUUUUAUUACCGGUACCACGGGUAGUGUAAAAAUUGGCGAUUUGGGUUUGGCCACACUGAAAAAUCGUUCACAUGCCCGUUCUGUGAUAGGUACACCAGAAUUUAUGGCACCCGAAAUGUACGAGGAGCACUACGACGAAUCGGUGGAUGUGUAUGCCUUUGGUAUGUGCAUGUUGGAGAUGGCUGUAUCCGAAUAUCCCUACAGUGAAUGUAAAGGCCCCGCCCAGAUUUAUAAAAAAGUGAUAUCUGGCAUUAAGCCGGCGGCCUUAAGUAAAGUUGAAGAUCCCAAGGUAAGGGAGAUUAUUGAAAAAUGCAUAGAACUGAGAAAGGAAGAUCGCCCGAAAUGUAAAGAUUUAUUAAAUUCCGAGUUUUUUGAAGAGGAUAUUGGUAUACGUGUAGAACCCACAUCCACCGAGGCAUUUCUCAAUAAUCCCGACAAUAAUGUUGUGGAGUUUCGUUUGCGAUUUUUGGACCCCAAGAAACGCUCCUCCAAACACAAAGAAAACGAAGCCAUCCAAUUCGAAUUCGAUAUUAAAAACGAUGAUUGUGAAAAGGUAUGCAAUGAUAUGAUGCAGGAAAAUAUCAUUAGCGAGGAAGAUGCCCGUGCCAUUGUACGUUUGCUAAAGGUCCAAGUAUUUUCCUUGAUUAAGGAAAGGGCCCAACGACAAACACAAUUCCAACUGCAAAAUGAAAAAUCGCGAUUGGAAAAAAUUGCUCUGCAAAAGCAACGAGAAAUGUUGCCGGCCAAUAUGGAGGAAGAGGAGGAGGAAGAUGAAGUGGAAUCGGAAGAAGAUGAAGAUGGUACAAAAGCGAAUAGACAUCAUCAUCAGCAGCAGCAGCAGCAGCAACAGCAACACCAGCAGUCGCAACCACUUCAGCUUAUUGUGCCCACGAUGCAAUUACACAAUGUGGAAGAUAUGAAUCAGCAAGGACAACAACAGAAUUAUGUGCAAUAUGAUGAUCAAAUGCUGCAUCAUCAGCAGCAGCAACAACAAUCACAGCAGGGUAUGUCGCCAACAGCAAUGGUAUCCCAGCCACCGCAAUUUUAUAGUCCAGCCCAGAAUCCAGCCCAAAUGUCACUGGCUUCGUCGCUGAAUGCCAUACUGCAACAGCCAUCCAAUCAGCAACAUUACAGUCAACAGGCAAAUCAGCAAACAACACAACAAGAUUAUUUGCAACAACAACAACAAAACUAUAACCAUCAGGAUAUAAAUUGUCAACCGAAUGUUGCGGGAAAUGCUACAACAAAUAUGGGGUAUGAACAGCAGCAGCAACAACAACAGCAGCCUAUGCAAAUACAGGAAUAUAAUCAGCACAUGUCGCAGCCGCAACAACAAAUCCCUGCUCAAAGUUCCUCGGCAAAUAUUAUUUACGAACAGCAACAUCAGCAGCCUCAGUCGCAGCCAACACAAAUGCAGGACUAUAUUCAACAACAACAACAGAUGCAAAACAACUAUGAUGCUAACCAACAGCACAAUAUGAAUCCUGCUGUACAACCUAUAUAUGAAAAUGGUACGAAUUCUUGCCAACAACCACCGCAACAACAACAACAGCAACACCAACUACACAAUGAACAGCCACAGCAACACCAAGUCGUUUUAAAUGGCAACAAUGAUGCUGUGACACAACAACAAAUACCCCAAGUAAAUAUUACUGGAGUGGAGAACAACAUUAACAACAACACGAAUGGUCAAAUGGAACAACAACAGCACCAACACAUCACAAAUCAUAUGGAAUCUAAUUCCCAUGAUUAUCUUAUGACAAAUCCUCCACCUGGCAAUGAUGGUCAAAUGGAUAUGGGCUAUACACAACAGCAACAGCAGGGUCAUGAUUCAAGCGGUCAUAGUAAUGCAUCUUCUACUCCGGUGUCAUCAUCUACACCCACUGCUAGUUCCUCGUUUGAUGAUCACAAACGGCAAAAUCAUCAAUAUCCAGAUUCAUCGCGAAAGACCAGUACAGCAUCGGAAUAUACAUCACUCUCCUCGGAUUAUUCACCGGAUAGUACAAUAACAAUGAACUCGGGUGGUUAUCCUUCGGGUAGAAGUUCAAGUCAAUAUUUCGAUUUAAAUGAAAAUGCUCCCGGCACCACAACAAUGGGUGAAAAUUUACACGAAAGAAGAAAAGAUGAUAGCGGUAUUGGAAGUAUUAAAAAUGGUAUUAUUACGGAAAAGGUUUCACCUUUAAGGGAACUGCAAAAUAAUGCAAAUCAAAAUGAAAUCAACAACACCAACAACAACAAUGUGAAUAAUAACAAUAACAAUUCUAAUAACAACACCCAAGCAAACUCGAACACAACCACAGCCGCCCCUAUGGUUAGAAAAAUAUCCAGAUUUUAUGUAAACCCCGUUAUUCUACCCAACAACAGUGUGGCUGUGGCAGCAACACCUCCCCCAGCUACAGCAGGUGCUACUGGACCGCCGGCGCCUACAACAACAACCAACAGCAUUGAACCAAUACCCGAACAAAAUGAUAAUGAAAUUGUCAAUCAAACGGGUCCAGUCACAGUAACUGAAAAUGGCACGGAAUUAGGAAACAACAACACCACCAACACAACAACAAAUGGUAAUAACAACAAUUCAUUGGAACAAUUGAAAAUUGAAUUGGAAAAUAUUACCCAUGCCCAGGCAUUUGCCUCAGCAAUUGUGGCAUCCAUUAAUAAUGAAAAUAUUCAACAACAGCAGCAGCAGCAACAACAACAAAACUCCUGUCUAAGUCAAAAUGAAGAGGACACCUCAACAACGGCACCAUUAAGUUCAACACGUUCCUCCUCCACAUACAAUUCCAGGCGUACAUCGUUGGACAACAGUGGUUGUAAUGAACUGCAAAAUGUGCUGACCAAUAUUAUUGAGGGUAAUGAUGGCAACUCUGGACAGCAACCACAACAAGAAACUCAACCGAAUCAACUAAAUCCAGGAGACAAUUCAACACAAAAAAUCUCCAAUACAAAUGGUGUGGCAGAAAUCAAAAAUAUUCUGCCACAAUUACCAGCCUGUGGUAGUGUUGAUUCGACCAUAACCUCAAAUGCGACACAAACAAAAACGGGAGGUUUGACACAAAAUUCCAUUGCCGAUUUGGAAAAGAAAUUGGCGGCCUUGAGAAAUACUGAAACAUCAACUAAUGAGGAUCAGCAACAACAACCACAACAGCAGCAAACCUCUGCCACAACCAACACAUCCAACACCGAACCCAUAACAACUGUUGCCCAAAAGGCAAUGGAAAAAGAACCUGGAUCACGUAAAGUAUCAAGAUUUUGUGUUAGUCGUGUCCAGGAACAGAAAUCCCAAGAGCAACAGCAACAACAACAAAAUAAAGACACAAAUAAAGCGGUAACAGCAACAGCAGCAACACCUACUGCCGCCGUGGAAGCCACACAGAUACGUCAGGAACAACCCCCAACACCCGUUGUACAACAUCCCAAACCACCCGAACAUCCGAAACCUAAACGAAAAUCCAAUGAUGCCUCCAUUGAACAUUUGUUACCCGCCGUGCAAUAUCAACAUCAAAUGGCCCUGGGAGCGGUCAACGUUAAACCGCCGCCAACUUCAGCUGCAGUAGUUCUUCCUCUGCAAGACCCUGUUGCUGCCCAGGCACCAGCAGCGCCCCAGGUUAUCUACAACCCACCCACACAUGUUGCUGUACAAUUGCAACAACAUAUCCAACAACAAAUUCAAAGGACUGCAGCCAUACAACAUCAGAUACAAAAUGCUGCAGCAGUUGCUGCGGGGGGUCAGAUGUUAGUGCCAACGAAUUUACCCCUGACCACAAUUCAACAGCCCAUACUGGCAGCUGCAAAACCGGCAAUUUUGCAAACUGUUGCCGCCCAACAGCCCAUGCAGCAACAACAGCAGCAGCCGCCGCAAACUCAAGCACAACAACAACAGCAAAUGGCAUUGCAGCAAUUAAUGGUUCAGAAUAUGCAGAAUGAUAAACAGCUGCAACAUCAACAACAGUUACAACAACAUCAACAGCAGCAGCAACAACAGCAACAGAUUCAACAGCAAUUCCUAAAUAAUCAAGUUUUACAAACCCAACAACAUACUGUACAACCGACAGUACAACAACAUCAACAGCUAGGCAUGCCGUUUAUAACGGCCCCAGUUGUACAGCAACAACAACAACCCAAUAAUCUUUUGCAACCCUACCAAUACACCACAAAUGGUCCAAUGGUCCCCAGUACCGUGCCACCUCAUAUGGGCAAUGAAUUGGUCGAGGCCAACCCGGCGGCCCGUUUACCAGCAAUACCACAACAAGAGGAACCCAUGUCUCUGGCAGCCACCCAUCCCAACCUAUUACCCACCGUCAUUCAAUCGGACAUCAAACACAAUUUGGACUCACUUGUGAGUCAACUGUGCAACCUGCGUUUGGGUACAAAUCAACAUCAACGUUUACUGCUUCUGCGUCAACGACAACUUAUCGAAGAGGAUGAGUUGCGUCUCAAACACUAUGUGGAAUAUGAAAAGUUUCAAAAAGCCAUGCGACAAACAACAUCCGCAAAUCCAACACCAGCCAAUCCAGCAACAGCAGCCGCUGCAGCAACCUCAACAACAGCAGCAGCAACAUCAACAACAACAACAUCAAUUCCAUCAACAGUUGCAACAGCAUCAACAACAACAGCAACACAUACACCAACAACAACAGCAACAAUUACAUCACCAACAACAGUUACAGCAGCAACAACAUCAACACCAGCAACAACAAUUGCAUCAACAACAACAAUUACUGCUGCAACAACAGCAACAGCUCAAUCACCUGCAAGCCAUGCAGGCGAUACAGCCAAACGUCGUUGGUCCCGCCGCCUUGUUGACACUUCCUAA